AGAUAAACCGCGCCUCGGUCCCAGCCGCACCAACCGGCUCUUUCCGGUUUACCUCUCCUGUCAACAAGUGCAGCCCACCGAUCUACCUUCCAGACCAGGACAGACCUAACAGGAGCUGUCGUUUACGGUCCGCAACCGGUUUAACAAAAAUCAUAUCGAACUACAAAUUUGGAAAAAGGCCUUUGAACUAAAGAAAAGAAAACGCGCAAAAAAUGUUGGACCGAUAUAAUAUCCAUGACAUUGUUUUGUCAUUCCUUGUUGGAUGCAUGGCAUGUCUUUCAUUGGCAUCUGUUAAUAAUGCAGACGGUCGUGUGUUCACCCUGGACCUGAGGGGGUCCGCCUCGCUGCGGGGGCUGCGGGGGGCCGAGCGGGCCUGCGUCCUGCAGAACGCCCGCCUGGCCUCGGGGGCGGAGCUCCGCCGGGCCGUGCUGGAGUGCUCCUUCUCCGCCUGCACCCGGGGGUGGCUCCACGACGGCACCGUGGGGACCACAGACUGUAGGAACGCCGGCAGCUCCCUGACGGCCAUGGAGGUGAGGACCGAGAACUUCACCGACCACACGGCCCAGCUCAACGCCUUCUGUAUCAAAGACACAGGCGUGCCGUGCGGUGACCCCCCCUCCUUCCCCAGCACCCGGCUCCAGGGCCAGGCGGGGUUCGAGCUGGGGGAUGAGCUGCUGUACGUGUGCACCCCCGGCUAUCGGAUGCCCAGCGGGAACACGGCCUUCAGCCUGCUGUGCGACAGCUGCGGAGAGUGGUACGGCCUGGUGCAGAUGUGUCUCAGAGAUGAAAGUGAAACGCACGUCGACUACGAAGACAGGUUCCCCGAAGGCUACGGUGCGCUGGACCACCACAGUGACCCCGGGGAGGUCCCGGCAGAGAGGGAGGACCCCCCGGUCUCGGAGGAGGUGCACCCGGCGGUGUUCCAGCAGCAGCAGGAUCCCACCCCCUUCACGGCGGGGCGAGGAGGGCAGCAGCGCCGGGACCAGCAGGGAGAGGAGGCGUGGGGAGGGGAGGAACGCUCCCUCCACGGGGCGGAGGGCGUGGCCGGCGGAGCGUCGCAGGGGGCCGCUCGAGGUGUCCGGCUGGGAGAGGACCCCGAGCCCGGGGACGUGAAGGGCGGUGUUCCUCUGGAGCAGGAGCAGGAGCUCGUGGUGCGGGUGGGGUCCGACGCGGCGUCGCAGGCCACGGCCGCGCCCGUCUCCAAGCUCUCCCAGAAGCACAUGUUCUGGUUCCCGUCAGAGGCCUUCCACGAGGAGGGCUACCCUGCCCCGGAAGACCCCGGCACGCAGACCCCAGCGGCUGACACAGACCAAUCAGACGAGAGCAAGGAGGGUCAUCCCGAUGACGAUGCUGACGAUCACCACGAUGAGGUCGGCGACCAUGACGACCACGAGGACGACCGUGAAGACAGCCGCCAACAGGAGGAUCAUGACGACAGUCGCCAUAGCGACCACGACGACCACGACGACCGUGAAAACCGCGACGAUGGAGCAGAUGAGGAUGUCCAUGACAACAGUCGCCAGGAGGAGGCCCAGGACGAGGACCUUCUGGAUCAACACGUGAAGCAUUACAAUCCGGGCCAGCGCGACACCGUGGACCGGUACAGUCGCUACGACGACGACGUCGAUCCCAGGGAGCACUACGACAUGGGCGAACACGAGGACGACCAACACGCCCACGUCCUCCGUGGCGGCGAAAGAGAAGACGCUGACGGAGACCGUGACCGUGACAUUGUUGAGGAGGACGGCGACGAUAAAGACCGGGAGAGGGAGGACCUCCAUGAGCCCGGAUCCCACGAAGAGCCCGAAGACCCCCAUGAGCUUGAAGAGCCUGAAGACCACCACGAGCACGAAGACCACCAUGAGGACGAAGACCACGAGGAAUACGAUGAGCAUGAAGAGCCUGAAGACCACCGCGAGCACGGUGACCAGGAUGAGCAUGAAGAGCACGAAGACCACGAUGACCACGAUGACCACGAUGACCACGUUGACCACGAUGACCACGAUGACCACGUUGACCACGAUGACCACGAUGACCAUGAUGACCACGAGGACCACGUUGACCAGGAAGAGCCUGAAGAGCCUGAAGAGCACCCUGAGGAAUCGGAGGAAGACUUGGAAAGCGAAACGAGCGAACCCAACGAGAACAACGACAGUGACGCCGAUGGCGACCGCUACCACGACCAUGACCACACUAAGGAGGAGACUGCUGAGACCGAUAACGAAGACGAGCACGAUGCCCACGACAUCCUCGAGGACCAUGAUGAAGACCACGAUGAGGAUAAGGAUGACGACAUCGAUCCUCAGCUGGACCUCCCUCUUGCCACAGAGGAACCCACAACCCAGGAAGCGGCAGGGAGAAAGCCGACGACCACCACGGACAAGAACUGGCUGGACGGCUACCCCGUCGGGCCCGAAGAGGCCGAGAGGGGCGGCUCCACAGAGGAGGCAGGGCCGUCCCGAGAGACAGAGGAGGAGGAGGAACCGGUCGUUGUGGUCGGCGGCGGAGCGACAGACGAGUCCAGCGAGGCGGACCCCCUCCCGGAGCUCCCCUCCGACGGACCCGAGCCGGAGCAGGACCGGGGGGGAGACGCCUGGCCCGGCCCCCGUCCCCGCCAGCCCACCCCUCCCCCCGGCGGCCACCAGUCCCAGGACUCCAUCUCAUACCCGGACCACACCGAGGACCCCGCCCUCGCCUUGGACGCGGAACACCCCUCGGAUCACCCGUACCCGGAGCCCCGCCCGGGCCUCCCGGAGGGCGGCGAGGACGCGGACGGCACGGUGUCGCUGGAAGGGGAGGGCGGGGAGAGGGCCCCGGUGGAGGGGGAGAUGGGGGAGGCCGUGUGCACCGGGGAGGACUGCCCUCCCCCUCCUCCGCCCACCUCGUCCAGCCGGGGUCCCAUCGUGGCUGCCGUCAUCGUGGCGAUCUGCGCGGUCGCCAUGGUAGCCGUCAUGGGGGCGUGGCUGUACCGCCGGCGGCAGCAGAAGAACUCCAUGUACCAGUUGAACGGCAAGGACCACAGCCAGUGCAAUCCGGAGCAGCAGAUCGAGAUGCAGCAGAAGGUGUAGCCUAACGAACAAGCGGGGGGAGGGGGAGAGGGACGGACACUGUGGAGCUGGGGAAGGGGCGGAGCAUUAGAGUCCGGCCAAUCAGAUUGAUCUGACGUAUUAAGAUAGGUAUCAAUGGGUAUUUAGGUAUAGGUAUUUAUGGUUGUAUUUAGGGGCCUCCUCACUGUGUAGGGAUGUCCAUAGCAUCUCACACAACUAAGAACUUGCAUUGUAGAUGAUGUAUAGACAAAAGGGUUUAUAAUUGAGCUGGGUGGGUGGGGAUAAAGGGGGGGUUAGCAGGGUCGUUUAGGAGUUUAAUGAGAUGAUUGUAGCGGACAACACAAGAUCAUUUCUGUCUGAAAUAUGCGCUUGGAGAAAGCCCUCAGACAUUGUGGUGAAGAUAUUUUAAUUUCAUGUCAUAGGAGUUUGUUUUUUUAUGCCAAUAUUAAUGCCUGCUCCCUGAAGGGAGCAUUCAAUCGUUUAGUUUUGAUGUGUUGGUUUUUGUUUUAUGUUUUUAAUUACUGUGUUGUUGCGAGAAAAAGAAAUCCACUUUAGUCCUUUAUUUUGAGAAUGUUGAGGUUCAGACUUCUGCCAGAGACAGCACUGAAUGAACCUGUAGGGACAAGCCUGUCUCUGGUCAGAGCGGAGGGUCGACAGAGGCCCUCGACACCCAGUCACAAACGGGCCUUCUCCACCGAGCAGCUCUCUUGGUUUGAUUGGUUCCAUAUGGUAGCUGAGUGGUGCAACUGAAUGCCUCCACAUUCAGUCGUUGUCUCCCCCCCCCCCCUCCUCCUCCCAAGCGGGCGUUCUGAACCAAUAUGGCCACUAGGUGAAUAAGGCCCAUAGUAGGGAUGUGCAACAGGGCAAUUUUUUUUUCUUAGAUGACAUCUAGAAGAAGAUCACACCCUGUCUGAUUAUGUGUGUGUGUGUGUGUGUGUGUGUGUGUGUGUGUGUGUGUGUGUGUGUGUGUGUGUGUGUGUGUGUGU